UCAUUGAUGGCAAUGGAGGAAGGUAGUUGGAACCAUCUGCCAAGUGUCAUUUUGUUAGAAGUUUUCACUUAUUUGUCUCAAAAAGAGAGAAUUAGAGCUUCGUCGACGUGUAAGCAAUGGCGAGGUACACUGUUUCAUUCCAGCUUCUGGCCUACAGUCCAUUUUAGGCUUAAAACUAAAGAUGAAGAUAGUGUGUUACGAACUCGGUACCAGCUUAAACAUUUUGCAACGAAAUUGCGUAAUGCUACAAUCAGCUUUGACGCAAUGGAUUUGAUUUGUGUACAGGAGGCUGCAAGAAUAAUACAAACACUUCGUAAGAAUGAAUCUCUUCGACGUCUUUCCUUACAGCCAAGUCAUUGCAGGUUUGAAGUUCCUGACAGAUUUGCUGGUGAUAGGAUAACUUUUAUCGAAAGACACUUUAUGAAGCCAUUACAACAGCUGAUGCAGAACUGCCGCAGUAUUGAGUUUCUAGAUUUGGGUUGCUUGGAGGAGAUAUGCCAACACGCAUCAAAGCUUACGUAUAUCUUGGGUCAGAAUCAUGGCCGUUCUCUUCAUCAUUUGAGGCUCGCCUCAAUCAAGGAUGAUCCUGAAUGCUACCUUCUGGAUGAACUGCCUCCAGCACUCUUUCGGCCCUUCCAAAUGUUACAGGUGCUAAGUGUUGACUAUGACUAUUUGAGUGAUGAAAUGUUGCCAGUCAUCAGCAACCUUGGUCUUAGGCAGUUUAUAAUCCAUGUUCAUGGAGUUGAAGAGGACCAUCCUGGUAUACCUGAUUCAGCAUGGGCUGAAUUUGCAAAUCACAACCCUUUAUGUGAAGUACAUCUCAUCCUCAUUCAUGCCUAUGAUGCUGUGGAAAUUUUGGAUUCGACCAUUUUCAGGCCGAACAUGCCACUUUCAUUCUUAAAAGUGUUUUUUUGUGAGAAUAUGAAUUACACAGCACUGCAACGGAUUUCACUCUGGUACUAUAACACUCUGCAAUCGCUGUGGUGGAUUGACUCAAUUGGUGCAACUUCCAACAGCUUCUGCCUUGUAGAGCCAUCUGUGGAACCUAUUGCUCAGCCUGAUCCCCUGGUAAUGAUGGCUUGGCGGUGUACCAAACUGAAGGAGCUGGUCUUCCUCGGCUACAAGUAUUAUGAGGAUGACUUGAUUGCCAUAGCAAGGCUGAGAGGUAGUGGAUUGCAGAAAUUUGAAAUCCACGCACAAGACAUUUUGCGCGUGUCUGAUGUUCCUGAUGCCCUGGAAUUUGAAAUCAGCAGAGAAUUGAAGAGAUCCUGGGCCCCACUGGACGAUGUUACAUUACCUGAGGUUAUACUCAACCCUAUCCUGGGGGAUUCUGAUGAGUACAUCCUGCAGGUACUGAGAGAUACUGAAACAGCAUAAUGAAAGUAUUCUUGUAGGAAAUCUCAGCUCAGCUAAUAUUCUGUGAGUAGAAUAUGCAUACUGUAGCAAGAGCACCUCAUGCAUCUAGGCAUUUACUCUGCAGCAUUACUUAGUGGUCAACACAAACUGCUCACUGCAAGAAUCUGUAAUCCGCUGUCAAAUAUGAGCUGCUGCAGAUACAAUGUGGUAUAUCUUUUAAGUAAAUUUAAAACAUUUACUCUGUGGUCACUUGGAGCAAAAUAUUUUAUUGUCAAGAAGAACAAUACAGUUCAGUUUUAUUGGUGAUUAUAUCCACAGGAGUCAUUUGAACUGGUUGUGAAUAGGGCAUAAAGCUUACACGCAUGCCUGUCUAUCUGAUGAUUUCCUGAAAGCAACUUUUAUUUGUUGUGGAGGCUUCCUGGUACAAUCUGUGAUAAAUUUAAAAUGGUCUACAUACUUUCCCAUUUAAUCGACAAAUAAAAAUUGUUAAAACUUACAGGUCUCGGUAUAUGUAUGGGACACAGAAUUUUAUGUUGAAUACAGUGUUAUGGUUAUUUAUGUAUUCCUACACGACCAAUUUUGUCACCUGUAUCAGAAAAGUGUACAGAGUCAACUGAGAUGAGCUACAAUCAAUGUAUAGCAUCUGAAACAUUUUAUUUGUUUGUCUCAACUGUUUUAAGUUAAAUGACUGUGGUAAUGUUUGCCAGGGUUCCAGGUGUAAUGAUUAAAGCAGUUAACUUGUAUGUGCAUAACUUGAGCACAUAGCCUUCUCUCUCCUGUUUUGUUUUGCAUGCUAUAAAUAUAAGCAUGUCGUUGUACUUUUUAUAUCUUCAUCAGACCUGUUUUGCAGAAGAUAUGUGCAUUCCUUGGGGAAGAUAUUUAAAGGCUUAGGAAGUGAGCAGUUAUUUAUUUACAACCACUAGUCUAAAUGAAGAAAGAUGUAGUGAAAUGUACUUUUUUAUGGUGCUGUGCCUGAGAUUUUGAAAGAUAACCACUAAGCCAUUAAUGUUAAGUUGUUGGGUUCAGGAGCCAGUUAAAAGGAGGGUGUAUAAUAUAUCAUUCCAAUAAUCACCGAAGACUUAUGUAAGCAGUUCUGUGCAAGUUUGAGAACAUUUUGUACACUAUAUUAGUGAAGGUGUGUGGAUUAAUAUUGUAAAACAAAUGCACAAAGACUGUUUCAUUUUGCCAGCUAUUAAUAUUGAGUCUGUGCAAUGUGACAAAGGUAGUCACAAAAUUAUACUGUUGGGAUCAAUGUAGAUGUUUUUGACACUUGGGAAGUCUGCAUUAAUAAUAUUUUGAGAAAUGUCUUAGAUUAAAUAUAGUUAACAUGAUUGCCUAUGUCAUUCAAGGCAUUGGGUGUAUAACAUCUGUGAUAUCUUAGGAAUUAGAGUUCAACAGCAAACUAAUGGGGUUGCAAGAUGUCCCCUUCCUAAUAACAUUAAGUCACGUCCAGAGCUGUAAGGUGCAUACUAUGAAUAAACGUAUCUGUAGUGUG